AGACCGGUGGCUCAAGCUGAAGCUGCGUCCUGAAAGAGCUGUGACAAGAUCACUUGUUAGGAGGAGAUGAUUUUGUGAAUUCCUGCACACAGAUCUAAAAAGAUGCUCAAUAGAAAUGCGUAGAAAGAAAAUAGAAGCGUUUUCAUAAGCAGAGACCUUGAACAGUGCACAAACCAGGGUGGAUGCCUCUUCUUCAGUCAUUUCCAACCUGUGUCACAGGGCUUGUGCAUACAGACAGUUUUUCAUAUUGUUGAAAAUGGAAGUUUGUUUGGAAGGAAGCAAUCCUGCAGGAGAAGAGCCUGCACCACCUGCACCAGGGGAACUGGCAGAAGCGAGUAGUGCUUGCGCCAAAGAGAGCACUCUGGGGCAAAAACAGCAGCAACAAAUAGAACGCCAACUGAAAUGUCUGGCAUUUCAAAAUCCAGGGCCGCUCUUGGCAGACUUCAACCCAGAAACUCGGGAGCAGCAGAAGAAAGCCUGCAUGUCCAUGAUAAACCAGGAUUGUUUUAAUACUACAAAGAAGACUGUGAAGAAAUAUGACAAACACGGCCGGCUUCUUUCCAGCAAGACAGAUUUGUGUGACUGCCUGGAGAAGAACUGCUUGGGCUGCUUCUACCCCUGCCCUAAAUGCAAUUCUACCAAGUGUGGGGCUGAGUGUCGCUGCAACAGAAAAUGGGUUUAUGAUCAGAUUCAGAUAGAGGCUGGGCAAAUGAUCAGAUUUCCAUUUUGACACACCCAGCUCAUGCUCUCUUCCUGAUGCCCCCCCUUUUGUAAAGCAGUGGCUGGACUUGUAUUUAUUUAUUUACGUAUGCAUGUAUUUAUUUUCCGUGCGAGUGGAGUGUCUGAAAUGCCCUGCCAGAGGCAUAAAAGUAUACUUUAAGUGACAGGGGAAAGCCGGGAGGACUGCACGCCUUCCUUGCAAAGAGGUGUUACCCAGCCCUCGUGGGGUAACAUUUUAAAAACACACAAACAGCGUCACACCAGGGGAAUCCUGAGUGGAGAAUGCGUGGGGGAGCAGGGAGAUGCUUAAUAUACUUGUCACCCCCUCACUUCUCUAUUCCCAAUCGCUCCAUGAUCAGCUCCCCCCCCCCCCCAGUGGAGUUCUCCGCGCACAACUACGUGUUAUUUUAACUGUUUGGGGGGAAAGGGGAGCUGAGUAUGGCAGUGAGUCCCGUUUGGGUUGGAGAAAUGGGAGGUCCCAGGGGAAAAGGUGAAGCCUCUUCUCACGCCCUUCCCCCCCUUGACCUAGAGCUGCUUUUCUUAGCAAAUGUAUAGCGAGCUCCCAAGUUUCUUCAAUUUAAACAAGUUAGGAUCUGGUUCCUAGGACCUUUAUGGAAUCUUUCUGUUCGGUUAAGCCUGAAGAGAAGGGAAGUUAAUAUUUAAACCUUUUUUUUGGAGAGAUUCAGCUACAAUGGGAAUAAAGCUAUUCAAAGCCAGCAGAAGUAAAUUAAAGGGAAAACAACGACCCCACCCACCUUUUAUAGGCUCAUUAUUUCCAUUCAUGCCUCGUAUAGAGGGUUGUAUCAUUGCUUAUUAUUGUAUCAUUGAGAAGCUGUGUUCUGCAACCCUCACUCCAGGUGACUCUUGCAAACAAAGAGUGAGAAGGGAAACAAGGAAUAGAAGAUUAAUGAAAGCCUCUUGUUCCCAAAGAAGCGAUUGCUGAACUUGAAAAUUGAUUCCUUCUGUGUUUAUCGUCUGUGCAGAAUUCAGCCUUUAGUUUUUACAUUUGGUUUUAGAGUCCUACA